CCUAGUGAUUGCCGGUAAAAUGGGGCAGGGCUAGGGCAAUCGUAACGAUUGUCCGAAUCUAGGCAGUUUAUGUAUGUGAUUGUAAAAAUAUUUAAAAAAUAUCUUGUGAUUGGAAACUAUGGAUCCCAAUCGGAUUAUUCAAGCGCUGAAAGGGACGAUAGAUCCCAACCUCCGGAUAGCGGCUGAAAAUGAACUUAAUCAGUCGUACAAGAUCAUCAACUUCGCUCCAACGUUACUCCAGAUCAUUGUGUCUGAACAGGUGGAGUUCCCUGUUCGUCAAGCAGCUGCCAUUUACCUUAAGAACAUGGUGAGCCAGUACUGGCAGGACCGUGAGCCUUCUCUAGGGGAGGUGGUGUUCCCUUUUAACAUCCAUGAGAAUGACCGUACACAGAUCAGAGACAACAUCGUGGAGGGCAUCAUCCAGUGUCCUGAGUCCAUCCGGGCCCAAUUGACAGUGUGUUUGCGAGCCAUCAUAAAACAUGACUUCCCUGGGCGUUGGACGGCCAUAGUAGAUAAAAUCGGCCUGUACCUGCAGUCUCAGAACAGCGGCAGCUGGUACGGCAGUUUGCUUGCCCUCUACCAGCUUGUCAAGACAUACGAGUAUAAGAAGGCAGAGGAGAGGGACCCAUUGCUAGCUGCCAUGCAGAUCUUUCUGCCCCGUAUCCAGCAUCUCAUCACUCAGCUACUGCCUGAUGCCACCAUCUUCUCUGUCCUCAUACAGAAACAAAUCCUCAAGAUCUUUCAUGCACUCGUGCAGUACUCUCUGCCACUUCAGCUGAUUAACAAUACGGUUAUGACCCAGUGGAUGGAGAUCCUCAGAGCUGUCAUGGACAGAGAUGUCCCGCCAGAGACGUUGGAGGUGGACGAGGAUGACCGUCCUGACUUGGUGUGGUGGAAGUGUAAAAAGUGGGCCUUACGCAUUACCACAAGGCUGUUCGAGAGGUAUGGAAGCCCAGGCAACGUUACAAAGGAGUACUUUGAGUUUGCAGAUUUUUUCUUGAAGACGUACGCUGUGGGCAUCCAGCAGGUCCUGUUAAAAGUGGUGGACCAGCACAGACAGAAGCAGUAUGUCACGCCACAUGUCCUCCAGAAGUCUCUGAAUUACCUGAACCAGGGUCUGUCUCACUCUCUCACUUGGAAGCACAUGAAGCCUCACAUGCAGACCAUCAGCCAAGAAGUGAUCUUUCCGCUCAUGUGUUACAAAGACGAGGAUGAGAAACUAUGGCAGGAGGAUCCUUAUGAGUACAUCCGCAUGAAGUUUAAUGUAUAUGAUGACCAUGCUCUACCCGCCACCGCUGCCCAGAUACUCCUGUGUAAAGCAGCCCGUAAGAGGAAGGAGGUGCUUCCCCAGAUGAUGGAGUUCUGUCACCAGAUUCUGAUGCAGCCCUCUACUGACCCCCGCAGGAAAGAUGGCGCGCUUCACGUCAUUGGCUCGCUAGCUGAACUGUUACUGAAGAAGCGGGUGUACAGGGAGCAGAUGGAGAUGAUGUUACAGAACUAUGUGUUCCCUCUACUCAACUCCCCUCUCGGAUACCUCCGGGCUAGGUCAUGCUGGGUGCUGCACUCGUUUAGCCCUCUGCGUUUCCAUGAUGAGCUGGUCCUGAGGAACGCAGUGGAGCUGGUCAAACAGGAUCUCAUCACGGACAAAGAGAUGCCGGUCAAGGUGGAGGCUGCAAUCGCCUUGCAGACACUAGUCAGCAACCAGGAGCAAGCUAAGAUCUACAUCAGACCCUACAUCCGGUCUGUCAUGCAGGAACUGCUCCACGUUGUCAAGGAGACAGAGAACGAUGACCUAACUAAUGUCAUUCAAAAGAUGAUCUGCGAGUACAACCAGGAAGUGGCUGUAAUAGCCGUGGACAUGACCCAGAACCUGGCUGAGAUCUUCACAAAGGUGCUACAGAGCGAAGAGUAUGAAGAAAGUGAAGAUAAAACAGUGAUGGCUCUGGGGAUCCUCAGUACCAUAGACACUAUACUCACUGUUAUGGAGGACCACAAGGAGAUCACCCAGCAGUUGGAAAGCAUCUGUUUGCAAGUGAUAGGCCUGGUGUUGCAGAAACCCAUCAUAGAGUUCUACGAGGAGAUUCUGUCACUAGCGUUCGGGCUGACCUGUCAGACCAUUUCCCCUCAGAUGUGGCACCUGCUGGGAGUUCUCUACGAGGUCUUCCAGCAUGACUGCUUCGACUACUUCACAGAUAUGAUGCCUUUAUUGCACAACUAUGUAACUGUGGAUACGGACAUGCUUUUAUCCAACCCCAAACACUUAGAGGUCAUAUACACCAUGUGCAAAAAGGUGCUGACCAGUGAUGCAGGUGAGGAUGCGGAGUGUCAUGCAGCUAAGCUGUUAGAGGUCAUCAUCCUCCAGUGUCGGGGGAGGGGCAUUGACCAGUGUAUUCCAUCAUUUGUUGAGGCGGUGUUGGAGCGGCUGACGCGUGGGGUGAAGUCCAGUGAGCUGAGGACCAUGUGUCUCCAGGUGGCCAUCGCUGCUCUGUACUACAACCCUGCACUGCUCAUCCACACGCUGGACAACAUGCACUUCCCCCACAGCCCACAGCCCAUCACCGCACACUUCAUCAACCAGUGGAUGAAUGAUACGGAGUUCUUUCUGGGGCUCCAUGACCGUAAAAUGUGUAUCAUUGGAUUGAGUGUUCUGAUGGAGCUACCCUCCAGACCAGCAGUGGUAGAGGGAGUAGCGGCUCAGAUCGUCCCCAGUGUUCUGCUCCUGUUCCUGGGGCUUAAACACUUGUACGCCUCCCGUCUCCUCAACAAGCCAGACCUACUGGCCCGUGCUGGGGCACAGGAGGAGGACCAAAACGAGGAGAUCCCCAGUGAUGAGGAUGAGGUAAAUGAGAACCAUAACCCCAUGAUGCAACAGCAGUCCAGCACGCAGGUGGGCCAGGAGGACGAGGAGGAUGAUGAAGAUGACGAAGACUACUGGGAUGAAGAGGGGCUGGAGGGAACCCCCCUGGAGGAGUACAGCACGCCUCUGGACUAUGACAAUGGAGUGGACGAGUACCAGUUCUUCACUGCCGCCCUGCUCAGGGUCCAGAACACAGACCAGCCUUGGUACCAGUCUCUAACCACGCCCCUCAGUGAUGACCAGAAGAAACAGCUUCAGGAAAUCUACAGCCUCUCCCAGCAGAGGCAGAGCACCGCUGCCAAGGGCCAAUGAGCUGUGAGAGACAAGACGAAGUGUUAAAGGAAAGGAGCAUUAGCAGCAAUCUGGCCUGAUCUGAAGUGGAUUUAACACACACCAAGAACUGUUUCAGACCAGAUCAGACCAGAUCUAGCUAGACUUUACUGAACCCAAAAACACUGUCCACUUGAACCAUCUGAAAUGGACUGGGUCUCUACAUGGCAAAAACCACCACCAGGAUUCAGUUCAAAAUCCUUUAUUGUAACUGGAUUAUUCUCACACGUUUGGGAGAGGGAGACACUGAUAUUCUGCUCUAUUAUUGACCAGCAUCAUCCUCAUCUAGUACAGUGCAGUGUUCGGGUCUGUAGUUCUGUGUGUGUUGUGUAUAUAAGUAUAUUGUACACAAAAUCUUUCUCUUUACCCAGACUUUUGUAUUGUCUCUGAGUUAAGAGGAUGUCCUUGGUUGGCGUGCUGUUUGUCUGAAACUAAGUUUUAGCAGUAACGGACACUCAGACUAACUAAAGGAUGUGGUUGGGGUAAAAUCUUAAAGGGUAGAGCACGAUGACCUCUGACCCAGGGAAGUGUUCUGUUCACUCUGAAACAUAAAAAGGGGAUGAGAUGAAGACUGGUUUUGUUUUUGUUACUGUUUUUGGAAAUUAACUUAAGGAAACCAUAAAAGUGAAACAUAACAUCUA